AAUGCCGUCCAAAAACUCACUAACAGAUCGACUCAAAGCUUUCAAUACUGGCACAAUGAAUGUUUCGAAGAAAGUAUUAUCGAAACGAGAACUGGAGGAACAAAAGAAGAAAGAGGAAGAAAAGGAAACAGCUAAGGUAUUCGAAGACUUCGUUGCAUCUUUCGACGAAAAAACAGAAGUACCCAAAGCUAGUUUUAUACGAGGUAGUAUAAUCAACGCCGACUCAUCGGGUGUGAAGGAGCUAAAAAAUGAAAAAGAAGGUACUAUGUACCAGCCUCAGGCAAAGAAAAGCAGGCAAUCCUCUUCCAAUUCUACGUCUGCUCGUAGCAAUUUAGAAGAAAUCAAGCGGGAAAUCGAGAAAAGAAUGAUACAUGAGAGAGCCAAAAAAACUAAAAAGGAGGAAAAUAGAAAGAAGAGUAAUUUAGAGGCGUUCAAAGAAGAAUUGAAGCAAAUGCAUGAAGCUCGUGAAGAGCAUGUCAAAAUCAAACAACAAAUAGUAACGAUUGAGGAGAAGAUGAGAACUAAAAGUGGUUCACUUACUAGUCAUGAGCAGAAAAUUUUGUCGUUGAAAAACCAAAUAGCGGCUACUGAAGAAAUAGCUAACACUGAUGUCGCGGAUCCCAACUCUACUAACCUUUACUGCUCAAAUAUACACACGGAUUUGCUCGAAGAACAUUUGUGCAAACUUUUCGGACGUUAUGGUCCUUUGGCAAGUGUUAAGAUAAUGUAUCCUCGCUCCGAUGACGAGAAAUCAAUCUCUUCGCGGCGAAACACGAACUGCGGUUUCGUUGCAUUCAUGUGUCGAAAAGAUGCUGAAAGAGCUGCGAGAAGCCUGAAUGGAAUCGAGUAUAAGGGGACAACGAUGUCUGUAACGUGGGGUCGGGUUGUUCCCAUACCUCCCCACCCGAUAUAUGUUCCAACUCGACUUAGGAAACUACUGAUGCCCCCACCUCCUACCAGGCAACCCUUCAAUUGUCUCCAUCCAGACAUGGCUUCCAUGUCUUCAUUGGAAGACGAGGACGACGAAGAUGUGAAAAAGCUCUGGGAAAAGCAUCUGGAAGAGGCCUGUGUCAAAGUGUGUAUCCCAACUGACAGGACUUUGCUGAGUCUCAUCCACCGCAUGGUGGAGUUUGUCGUGCGAGAGGGUCCCAUGUUUGAAGCGCUGAUUAUGAACCGCGAACUAAACAAUCCAAUGUUUCGGUUUUUAUUCGACAAUGCAAGUCCCGCUCAUUUGUACUACAGAUGGAAACUUUUUUCAGUUCUCCAAGGUGACGAUGUCUCAUAUUGGAGGACGGAAAGUUUCAGAAUGUUCAAAAACGGACCCAUUUGGAAACCUCCGCCUAAGAAUGUUUACACAAAAGGCAUGGAAAGUGACAUAGACAGCGAUGACAUUGAUGAAGAAGAUUCUGGAAUGCUGAACAGUGGUCUGUUUGUGAAACCCAAACAUCGCAGACCUAUGAGUCCAGAGAGCUCAAGCCGUAGAGGGAAAACUGGAGCAGAUGGGUCCAGCAGUGGUCGCAAAUCGCCUAAGAGAGGCUUCCUGACCACAACGAAUAAAUCAAAGCUAGACGACAUAAUGAAGGAUCUGACAUGCACACGGAACCAAAUUGAAAUAGCUAUGGUUUUCUGUCUCAACCAUGCCGACUGCGCUGAGCAGAUAAUCCGAAUAAUGAUGUCCAAAAUGGAGCACACAAAACAGCAUUCAAAGCGUUUGGCGUUUUUGUAUUUAGUCAACGAUCUUUUGCAUAACAGCAGUGCUAAAAUACCCAAUGCAGCUUCAUACAGGCGUUACAUUGAGCCCAACUUGUGCAAAAUUUUCCAGAAAUUGCACGACAGUUAUCAGUCGCUGGAAGGAAAAUUUAAGCAGGAACAAUUUAAAAAUAAAGUAAUGAGCUGCUUCCGAGCGUGGGAAAACUGGACAGUAUAUCCGGAGUAUAUGUUGAUUAAGCUGCAAAAUGUUUUCCUCGGUUUGGAAAAGUAUGUGGGAUCGGACGAUGACGAUGAUUCGGAUGCCGAUGAUUCUGCCGACCCCGAAGGAACCAGAAGCGGAGGUCUUAAAGCAGAGAGAACAGAUGAAGUAGAAUUGGAUCUGGACGAGCUGCAAGACAACGAGAAUCUCGACGGGAUCCCACUGUCCAAAGACGAAGCCGAAAUGAGCGAUGAUGAAAUAGUUCCUCAUGAAGAAACAGCCUCGAAUGAUAUUGACGGAGAAGCGUUGGAAGACGAAGAGGAGGAGGAAGAAGAUGAAAAAGUACCCGAAGUGAAGUCCAAAUGGCACCAGAUAGACGCCAUUGAAGACGUCGAGGACCAACCCCCCGUAAUUGCUACUCUUUCCAAGUGGGAUACUGUCGAUGACAGCGAUGAUGGGAAUGAAGAAAUUGCUCCUGACGCAGGUAGUCAGAGUGCAGAUACGGAUGAUAUAGAUGGAGCGCCGUUAGAGGAUAGCAAAGUAGAGGAGCUGGUUAAAACUGCAACGCCAAUAAGGUCUUCGCAGCAACCGACCGCUGACCCAAAUAAGAGCACAGGUAGAAAAAAGGGCAAAGAUGAGGACUCCUCAAAAGCCAGUGCGUCUCAGAUCCUUGAAGAACUGAAUCUUUCGGACUCCGAGAAACGGUCGGUUCUGAGAGAGAUUGAAGUCAAAGUCAUGAAGUACCAAGAUGAAUUAGAAAGUGGAAAAGCAACAAAGAAGUCUGGAAAAACUGUUCAACAGAUGCUCGAUCAGUUUAGACUUAGCUUAGCUAAAAAGGAAAAAGAAAAGGCCACAAAAAGUGCGGCAAAAACGAGCGAACCGCUCUCUUCGGGCGAGGAAGUACCCAGUUCGAAGUCAGAUCAUAAGAGGAAAAAGAGACGACAUCGAUCAAAUUCGAAAAGUUCGCACAGCUCUGCUGAAGACAAGGGAUCCAAGAAGUCAUCAAGCAGUUCAAAACGAAGCAAAAGAUCAAAGAAACACCAGAAAAGAUCAUCCAGAAGCCGCUCGAGGACACCGACCUACAAAAGUGGAAAAAAUUCGAAAUCCAAUUCGAACGACAAAUCCCCCGAUUUGCAUUCUUCGCAUAAAAGCAGUAAGAGCUCAAAAUCUAGUAGACAUUGAUUGAUUUAUGAAUGCGUCUGUGCCCAAUUUCUGUACCCGUGUGAGACUAAUUCGACCCUGAUUUAAAACUAUGCGCUUUAUGUAAUGAAUCAUUCUUGUUUUCAAAAAAUAUAAUCAAA